UGUAGGAGAGCAUAUCGCACCUCCCACACCCUUGUGAUGGCCGCCAUUGCAUUGCAUGCCCGGGAGACUCUGCGUCCACGUCCGUGACAUGCUGCCUCUAUCACGCGCACGUUUGUGCCUGCCUUCGCGGGUAUGCUCUGGGAGUAGGAGCUACGCUUCCCAUCCGCCCAAUGCAAGAUUAAAUGUUCCAACCGACUACGCGACCACGCCGCUGCUGCACCACACGUCCAAGUCGGCCCUCGCGAAUCGGGAACUCCCUCAAGAAGCUCGUGAUGGUACCACAAGCAGGAUCAAUCUGUUCCAGGCCAUCAACUCUGCUCUCGCCCACGCACUGCGCACCGACAAUCGUGUCCUGUUGUUCGGCGAGGACGUGGCCUUCGGUGGGGUGUUCCGCUGCUCCAUGAACUUGGCAUCAGAAUUUGGAGAUGGCCGUGUCUUCAAUACCCCUCUCAGCGAGCAGGGCAUUGUCGGCUUUGCCGUGGGCGCGGCGGUGGAGGGCAUGAAGCCAGUAGCCGAAGUGCAGUUCGCCGACUACGUCUAUCCUGCUUUCGACCAAAUUGUCAACGAAGCGGCGAAGAUCCGCUAUCGUGCUGGUACUAAUGGCGAUGCGCAAUCCUGCGGAGGUCUCGUCAUUCGUAUGCCAGCUGGAGGUGUCGGGCAUGGCGCCCUGUAUCACUCGCAGUCGCCUGAAUCGCUCUUCACUCACGUACCUGGCAUGAGAGUAGUCAUUCCAAGGUCACCCUCUCAGGCCAAAGGGCUCCUUCUGGCCGCGAUAGCAAGCCCGGACCCCGUCAUCUUCCUGGAGCCGAAAAUACUGUAUCGAGCGGCCGUAGAACAUGUCCCAGCAGAGCCUUACACCCUCCCAUUAAGUACGAUCGAUGUGCUCAAAGAGGGCAGCGAUGUCACCAUAAUAUCAUACGGAACGCCACUCUACACCUGUCAAAAUGCGAUAACGGCUGCAGAGAAGGAUUUGAAAUGCUCCGUAGAGCUGAUUGACUUGCGCACCGUAUACCCCUGGGACCGCGAAGGAGUCAUGAAAUCGGUCAACAAAACCGGCCGUUGCAUUGUUGUGCACGAAAGCAUGGUUAAUGCGGGUGUUGGAGCAGAAGUAGCAGCUACUAUACAGGAGAAGUGCUUCCUUCGACUCGAAGCGCCAGUGCAACGCGUGGCAGGCUGGUCAACUCAUUCUGGACUGGCUUACGAAAAAUUCAACAUUCCUGACGUUACGCGCGUCUACGAUGCGAUCAAAACAUCUCUGGAAUAUUAGCCCAUCGGGCAGCAGUGGCUUGUUCGCAACUUCACACGUUGAACUCGACUCGCCGCUACGCAGCGUGUACGCUGUCUCCGUAGGUUUUGCUUCGCGAUUACGGCAGGCCAACAGAGAUGGAGGCUGGGCGAGCAACUACCACAGGUCACACAUGACGACCUUUCAUACGAUGAAAAUUGUGACGAUGUAGAGCAGCGCUGGCUGCCAAGGCGUCCACUUCGCGAGCAGAAGGCUCCUCGUGAGCGUCCUGUCGUCAGUAAGCAGGGACCACGAUCAGAAGCGAGACAGAAUGCGGCGAGACGGGCCAGGGAGAGCACCAUGGAUAUCAAUCGCAUGGCGGCGCCGCCUUCGUGGUUACGCCGUGCAUUAAAGUUCGUGUAGUCCAUAGAUGCAGUAUGAAUAGCGCCUCGGGCUCGGCAUUGAGAUUCGCCGGC